UUCCCAGGGGACUAUCGACCAGAUAAGAUGGCGGAAAAAUAAAACAGGGUUGUCGUCUACGCCCUUGGUGAGGUUUUCUCGCGUUUCGACCAAUUUUGAAGGAAUAGAGCAAACCCAUUGAGAUGAUAGGCUAAAUAACAGUCUAGAGUAACCGAAAAUGAAGUUUGCGGAGCAUCUAUCGGCGCAUAUCACGCCAGAAUGGCGAACUCAGUACAUACAGUACGAGAUGAUGAAAGAUUUAUUGUACGAAGCUCAAGAGAAUGCCCCAACUGAAGAAGUGGCAGGCACUGCUGUCAUUCAGCGAUAUUUUGCAAAGUUCGAGGAAAAAUUCUUCGUGACUUGUGACAAGGAGCUGGCCAAAAUCAACACAUUUUUCUCAGAGAAGCUUGCGGAGGCGCAGCGGAAGUUUGCAUCCCUGCAGAGCGAGAUGAACCAGGUGACGGAGCACGAGGAACCCAUCCCGACCGUCCGCCGGCGACACAGCCUCCUGCGCCGCUCCAGGUCCAAGGAAAAACUCAUCAAGACCAGAACCCGCACCAUCCAGGACCUGAAGCUGGCCUUCUCCGAGUUCUACCUGAGCCUCAUUUUGUUACAGAAUUAUCAGAGCCUGAACUUCACAGGAUUCAGGAAGAUAUUGAAGAAACACGACAAGUUGAUGGAAACAGACAGAGGAGCGGCCUGGAGGACAGAACACGUGGAGGUGGCACCGUUCUACACAAACAAACAAAUCAACAAACUCAUCGCUGAUACAGAGGCUGUGGUGACGUCAGAGUUGGAGGGGGGGAACAGACAGAGGGCCAUGAAGAGACUGAGAGUGCCCCCUCUGGGAGAACAGCAAACUCCAUGGACAACCUUCCGUGUGGGCCUGUUCUCUGGCAUCUUCUUGGUGUUGUCCUUGGUAGUAGUAUUAUCAGCCAUCUUCUCCCGCUACGACCUGAAACUCUGGCCGGCGAUUCGGAUGUACCGCGGCUCGUUCCUCAUCGUGUUCUUCUUGUACCUGCUGGGACUGAACACCUGGGGCUGGCGCAAGUUCGGCGUCAACCACGUCCUUAUCUUCGAGAUCGACCCUCGACACCAUCUCUCACACAGUGAGAUACUGGAAGUUGCCAGUUUCCUGGGAGUGAUGUGGUCCAUGUCAGUACUGGGGUACAUAUACAGUGAUGUGUUGAAGAUCCCCAGUUUUGUACAUCCCCUGGCACUGGUGGGCUUCAUGUUACUGUUUCUCCUCAACCCACUCAAGAUCUUCUACCACCGAGCACGCUUCUGGUUCCUCAGAAUACUGUUCCGAAUCUUCACCGCCCCGUUCCACCCGGUGAACUUUGCAGACUUCUGGCUGGCUGACCAGUUGAACAGUCUGGUGUCAGUACUGCUGGACUUUGAGUACAUGGUCUGUUACUUCAUCUAUGAAGUGGAGUGGCACGACGACCCAAGUAAGAUCCUGCUGUUCCAAGGAACAUAAAAUGUCAAGGUCUGCACGAGCUGGAAGUAUGGUAUUCGCUCCGUCGUGGCGUGUCUGCCGGCCUGGUUCCGCUUCGCUCAGUGCCUGCGCCGUUACCGCGACACCAGACACGCCUUCCCUCACCUGGUGAAUGCUGGGAAGUACUCCACGUCCUUCUUUGUCAUCGCUUUUGCCACGCUGUCCAGAGUCCAUGGAGAGGUGACAGGUGAAACCCACAGCCACACGUUCUACUACCUGUGGAUCUGUGCCGCCAUCAUCUCCACCUGCUACACCUUCAGCUGGGACAUCAAGAUGGACUGGGGCCUGCUGGACAGGGCCGCGGGAGAGAACACACUCCUCCGGGAGGAAAUCGUCUACCCAAAAAAGUUGUACUACUACCUGAGUGCAGUACAGAACUUCUUCCUGCGGUUUGCGUGGGUGAUGUCCAUCUCCCUGGGUGAGCUGGGCAUCCUGCAUGGCGAGCUGGUGGGCUCCCUCCUCGCACCACUGGAGGUCUACAGGAGGUUUGUGUGGAACUUCUUCCGUCUGGAGAACGAGCACCUGAACAACUGUGGUGAGUUCCGGGCGGUGCGCGACAUCUCAGUCACUCCGCUGAACCAGGACGACCAGGCCAUGCUGGAACAAAUGAUGGACGAGGAGGACGGAGUCACGAACAGACGCAAGGACAGAAAAUCCGUGAAGAAACCCCAACUGUGGGCUGAUGAGGAGGAAGAGGAGGAGGAGGAAGGAGAUGGAGAAGAGGACACCAUCAGAGUGUGAUCUUCCUCAUCUACUUACCUAUGAAAUGUAGCAUGGCAAGGGCUGAUGUUUGCUGUAUAAUCUUGUCCCCUCUGAGUAUUGUACAGUAUCCCCCUUAGUUUUAGUUUUACCACACUUUGUCCAUGGGAUAAUGAAAUGUUCUAGCCAUGGAACAUUUUGUACUAUCCUAUUGCAUUUAAUUGUGAAGGUUUUAAUGAUAUGAUCAGGUAAACCAUCCCCAGUGAGAUUGUGUUAUGUAGGACAUGUUGUGACUUAGGAGGGUUAGGAGCUGAUUAGUACCUUUCUUGUGAAGGGACAGGUUUGGGAGCUGGAAUAAUGUUUCCAAUGUGGUAGGACAUCUCUAAGUAUCUUUCUUUGUUAACUGAUAUUGUAUAGUUUAGACAGGUGGUGAAUUUUAUCAUAACAAACCAAUAUUUGUGCAAGGCAGCAUUUUUUGUCAAGUAUAUAUUAUGUACAUCGUUUGCACAGGUCUUGAACCAUGAUAUCACAAACUUCACUGCUAACUAGCAAAUAAUUACUAGAUAGUUUACUUUGAUAAUUUGUUACAUUGUUCAUGUUGAACAUAAAGGAGUAUGAUAAGUCAUAAUGAUGUCUUAGAAAUGUACGAGAGCAAACAUCAUGUACAUAACCUUGUCUGUGUGUCUGUGUUUUUAAGGGUACUGUGAAAGAUUUGUAUCUUUGUGCUGUAUGUGAGGAUUGUUCAAGAUAUGGUUAAACAAAAAAGAUGUUGUGCAAGUGUUAGUGUCUUAUACAUUGAUAUGUACAGUAUACAACCUGUGCUUGGCCGCAUCAACUUGAUAAAUUGACAGGCUCUAAUGUUUUCAUAUUGAUCAAUGUUUAAUGUUUCAAUUUUGAAAAUGGAGCAAAAAUUAAACCGGACCAUUUCUUGAGGACCAUUCCAUUAUUCAAUGAUAUGAAAGUUACUGUGUUGGUUACAACUGAAAAAGUAAGGAAACACAAAACUACAGGAGUAGGACAGCAAUUGAGUCAGUCCUAUUUGUUGUAUAUUUCAACCUUUCUUUUCCAUUGUGUUACAUUUUUUGUUAUAAACAUUCACCAGGUGAAUAAUUUUAAUGUAUUUGUCUAAAGUGACAAAACAGUCUACAACAUCAUUCAUUGCAAAUUAAUGAUUUUCACAUUUUCUCUUUUAUUUAUUCCUUUUUAGUGUAUUAUACACACAAUUUUGUACAGAGUUGUAAAUAGAAUUAUGUUACAUGAAAGCAUAUGUGCAAUCCUACUUAAAAUGACAAUUCAAAUGUAUGUUCACAAGUCCAGUAACAUUAUUGUGUAAUUUGUGUAAUGUCGUCUUUUGCAAAUGUGGAGUUGGUU